AUGCGCCAGCCCAAGAUGGUUAUGACUAAUUUGCAGAUGGGAGAGGUCAAAAGCCAAUGGGAUACGAUAGCUGUCCAUUUCCUUUUCCGAGCCAUGCUACCCACGCGUGGGCUGCAUUACAGGGAGGCGCAUCCUGCGAGCUUGCCUCCGCGCGACCGACGCGAACCGGAAGCGUUGAAGCGGCGGGCGCUGGAAGACGAGCUCCGGGACCCCAAGAACUUUCUGGAAUUCUUCCUGCCCCGGCCCCUGCGACUGACCUUCUUUGGCGCCUCAGCCGCCUCCUGCCUCAUCGCCACAGCACUGACCGCCGUACGAUUGCUGCAGGCGCGUAGUCCCGCCCUGGAGCUAGCGGAUGGCAGCGGGCCCCGGGACCUGCUCGUCAACAUCAUCGGCCUCGUCACCUUCGCCAGCCUAUUCGUGUACGACCAGCAACAAGCUCAGGUCCGCAUUGAGCGGCGGCGGGAGAUCAGGGAGGCCCAGAUAGCCUUCGGGGAUCGGGAAGUGUACGUCAACGAGAAGGGCGAAAAGAUGUCCCGACUCAAGGAGGUGAAUGACGACUGGAUUCUUCGCCGUUUGGAGCGGUGGGGCCGGCGGGACGGUAUGCCCUUCGUGGGGCCGGAUAAGGGCGCCAUUCUGACCCAGUUGGUCAGCCAGCAUAAGCCCCAGCUGGUGGUGGAGGUGGGGACCAUGGCGGGAUACUCCGCCCUGCUCAUGGCCCAGGCUCUGCCCCCCGGGGGUCGGGUGCUGAGCUUCGAGAAGGACCUCAGCUGGCUGCUGGUGGCUAAGAGGUUCAUGUGGCAGGCCAGCCAAGGGGAGAAGAACCAGGGGCUGCAGACGAGGGUGGGAGACCGAGUGCAGGUGGUGUGGGGCGAUGCACGCGAGACCCUCCCCCGGCUGAUGGAGGGCCGGGGAGGCCAUGAGGUCAUCGACCUGCUCUUUCUGGACGGCACCCCCCGGGAGUACCUGGACUACCUGAAGGCCGCAGAGCCCUUCCUGGCACCGGGUGCGGUGGUGGUGGCGGACAACGCGGUUGUGUUUUCCCAAGGCGGCCUGAAGCCCUACCUGGAGUACGUGAGGGGCAGUCCGCGCUACAGCUCGGAGCUGCUGCCGUGCAAACUGGAGUGGCGGGAGGACGUGGAGGACGGUAUUGAGGUGUCCAGAUAUCUGGGUGGCCGGCAGGCGACGGGGGUUGCGGAGAGGGGGCUGUAUUUAUUGGAGCCCGUGUCUAUGUAUAUGCUGUGGCGGGUGGAUCAGGGUGAGGCAGCCAACAUCUCCGGCGUUCCUGACCCCGACCUAAAGGCCAGCCUCGCGCAGCUUCUGGAAUUGCUGCAUCUUCGACGAAACGACAAGGGUAUUUUCGGCCUAGUCAACCGCAACGAGAAAGUCCUACCUAUCGUGGGCUUUGUUUUCGACGAGCCGCCGCGGCCGCGACCACAAGCCCCUCCCGCACCGUCAUCUCUGGCGGCAGCGGAACACGGCGGCCAGGAGUCAGUUCCCGGAGGGGAAACGAAACUCAAACCACGGCCUGGCGAAGGGACGCCAGGCCGUGUGGGUCCCAUAGGGCCCGGAAGACCGGAGCCAGAGCCUACUGCAGCAGCAGCGGCAACGGCGGCGGCGGCGGCGCAAGACGAUGGGUUUGAAGACUUAGCUGCUCAGAGGCCGGAGGGUGUGGGGAUGGUUUCGGAGCCAGGCACGUCCGCGGCCGAGAUCAAAUGUGAGCGCGAGCCAUCAGAAGCGGGAGUUGCGGCGGCGCCGGCAGCCGCUCCACGUCGUGUCGCGGGGCCCGCCAUGCCGCCACGUGAGCUUCUGGAGGCCGCCGCUGCUGCGGCGGAGGCGUUACGGGCAGCAGUACCGUCGUACAACGACUUCGGUGAUAAUGAUGAUGAUAACGAUGGCGAUCUAUUGGUAGGCCCUCCGCCCCCUGAGCUUGUCGAGGAGCUGGAAGCAGCUCCCCAGGACGAGCGGGAAGCGGAGGUCAUCCGCAUCGUUAAGGUCCUCCGCGAGCACAACAACGCUGCUGCUGCUGCGGCGGCGGCCGGAGCCCAGUCGUCCAAGCUGCCGGCCCCCGCUGAUGGGGGGCCGACUGCGGACGCGUACCUGGUGCUGGGGGUGACGCCCUCUGCGGGUGCGGGCGAGGUCAAGAAGCGCUACAUGCGGUUGUCGCUGCUGAUACACCCGGACAAGUGCGGACACCCGAUGGCGCAUGAGGCCUUCCAAGCUGUCGCCUCCGCAGCCAAGGUGCUCCAGGACAGCGGGCUGCGGGGGGCGCUGGACGAGAGGAGGGCGGAUGAGGAGCUCCGACGCCGGGCGGAGGCGGCGGCGGCCCAGCAGGAGCGCGAGCGGGCGUGGCGGGUGGCGCGUGGGGAGGAGAUGCCGGUGGCGAUGGGCCCCGCGGCCCCCUCCGGGUCUCAGCGGGAGACCUGGAUGACGGAGCUUCCUCCGGAAAUGGCUGCGAGACCGGGAGGCGCCGCGGGGCAGUUGGGACAGACCAGCGUUCGCGCCUUUAGCCAGCGCGGCAAGACGGGCCGAGGGGACACGUCAGCGUGGACCGAUAACCCCGAGCAGCGCAAGGCCCGCGAGGCGCAGGCGCUGCUGGCGGCGGCGUCGCAGGCCUACGUGCAGGCGCUGCCGGCGGCGGGAAGCGACGGUGCUGGCGGCGGCGGCGGCGGCGGGGGCCGUGGUGGUGGUGGCGCUGCUGCUGCUGCUGCGAUGGAUUCCUUCAAUGCGGACUCUCGAAAGAAGAGCCUCAUGGAGGUUCAUUUGGAGUUGCAGGAGAAGGCCCGGGAGGAGGAGCGUGCCGCAAAAAGAGCCGCGAAGAAGCAGAAAACCGGCAAACCCGGCGGCGGCGGCGGCGGCGUGGGUGGUGGAGGCAGCGGGGACGCUGCAGCGGCGGCUGACGGCCAGGAUUGGCCUUGGAGACCGUUUGACCGGGAACGUGACUUGGAAAUUAAACCCAAGGCCAAGUCGGGUGGUGACAUCCUAAGGAGCGCGGCUGCCCUGGGGUCUAAAUUCUCGGGGGGGGGCACGCAGCGUCAUUUCUUGUAA